CGCAGCUAGAACCUAAACUGAGCGCCGAUUGGCUGGCAGCUCCGCCCUCCUUGAUGACGGAGGACUGGUAGGAGACUUCCUCAGUUGCACUUGCGCAGAGGUUUUUCUGUUCCUCUGGUUCUUGUUACAGUUAACAGCAAGACGUUAGGGUCGGAAAUUGUAACUGUAUUGUGAAAAUUUACAUUAAGCUUUAGUUUCUACAUCAGAGGUUUUAACAUUGGAAUCACCAGACUUUCCUUAAGAUUAAACAUGCAUGGAAUAGGGAGAAUUCCAGACGAGGUUGGUCAUCUCAUACUGAGUGAGGAUGGUGCCGUCAUUGCAUCCGGAGGUGAACUAGAAAAUGCUGAGCAGAUGGGUGCUACUGUGAUGAGUCUGUUAUCAUGUACCAGCAAGGCACAGUUGUGGCCUGGUGAUUCUGGAGAUGCCUUCAAGAAGAUAUCAAUAACGUACACUGACCACAGCUACAUCAUUUGCUUGUCCAACAAGAACAUCCACAUCGUAAAGAGAAAGUUUAUUCCUCACGAACCUAUAAAAGUUUAGCGAGUUGUUGUAAUCUUUAGUUGUAAGGCAAACAUUAAAGCUCGUUAUUACAAAAAAAAACUGUACCGGAUGUGUUUGUGCAGUACAGUAUAUAUAAUUUUUCAAGACUUUCUUUGAAUCUUACAUAUUCUAGAAGUAAUUUUCUAAUAUAGUCUUGUUUAGUUUGAGUGUCUACACACAUUUCGGCUUUUCAUUGAAUGAGAUUUUGGGAUGAUUUGUCCUUGCACCCCCCCAUUCUGUAAUUAUAUUUUAUGCUGUACUGUAUAUACAUUUGAAAAGCGGAGAAUUGUAAUUCAGCAUUUACUAAGGCAAUUUUGUUGCAUUUAAAAGUUUGUAAAAAGGACCAAUAUAUACCUUCUCAAGUUA